AUGAGCUUGACCAGCCCAGACCUGUGGAAUCCAGUCCUUCCUUUCUCCUACUUUGGAGCUAUAAAAGCAGGAACCAGGGCAGGACCACAGCAGAAGCUCACCCCAGGCUGCACCCCUGGCACAAUGCAGGCCCUGCUAUUCCUGAUGGCUCUUCUCUUGCCUUCUGGAGCUGGAGCUGAGGAGAUUAUUGGUGGUGUGGAGUCUAUUCCACACUCCCGCCCUUACAUGGCCCAUCUGGACAUCGUCACUGAGAGAGGUUACAAGGACAGCUGUGAGAAACCACUGUCACCCUUGGAGAACAAGAGAGAAUCCACAGAGCAGAAGAUAAAAGUGGAAAAACAAAUCGCUCACCCAAAUUACAACUUCUCUUCCAAGCUCCAUAACAUCAUGUUACCGAAGCCUGGGAAGAUGUGUCGAGCAGCUGGCUGGGGCCUAACUGGAAUGACAGAUCCUUCUACAGAUACACUGAGGGAGGUUGAUAAAGAGGCCUGUAAAAUCUAUAGGCGUUAUGACGAAAGCUUCAAGGUCUGUGUGGGCAGUCCUAGAAGGAAGAGAUCACCAUAUGAGGGAGACUCUGGCGGACCGCUACUGUGCGCUGGUGUGGCCCAUGGUAUUGUAUCUCAUGGACGUGAAGAUGCAAAGCCCCCUGCAGCCUUCACCCGAAUCUCCCCAUAG